AUGACGACGAGCAAGGAACGGGACAACUUUUACGAGGUUUCCUUGGACAUAAGUCCCAUUGUAACACCGGGUGACUUUUCAGCUGCUGAGUUGAUCGUUAUCCGCGAGCAUUAUCGCGAGGUUCCUCAGCAGUUACACGGCUCUCAGCUGAAGAAACUCCGCACGAGGCAGGAAGGAGACGGAACAGAAGUAGCGGAAGAUUCCCUAGUGGACGGAUUCGUUGAAAGCCAGAACAUCAACUGGAGUUUCAUCACACCAUACUCGCCGUGGAAAGGUGGAUUCUACGAGCGUUUGGUAGGAUCAGUGAAGAGCUGUUUGAAGAAGACGGUUCGGCGAGAAACCCUUGAUUUAUGGCUUUUUGAGACGCUCAUCCUCGAGAUAGAGGCCGUUCUUAACACGAGACCCUUAUUUCCGGCGAAUUCGGCUGACCUGAACACGGACCUGGUGAUAAGACCUAUAGAUCUGAUAAAUCCACAGUUUCGAUUAGGUCGCCUGACGUACAGCAUGCCUCAGAAGAUCGAGACGUCGUCGCGCGACCACUACGAAUCUCUUCAAACGCAGGACGACUCUUACAGAUCGAUUUUGAUUACUUCUGGGAUAUAUCGCACAGUCAACAUCUUACCGCGCUCGCAGGACGAUAAGCGACGCGCACCCAGAAAUACUCUUGUAGCAAUGGAUCGCCGCGCGUCGGAGAUAUAG